CUUCCCUCCCCAUCCUAACUAAUCCACCAAGCACAAUUGAACCUCGUCGUUGUAGACGCCAAAAGUCCACUCAAGCACAGAACCGGGAUUACCUACAUCGACAUGAAGCUCGCUGCUCUCCUCUCGGCUCUCUUCGUCUCAGUCGUCAUAGCUGGGCCUCUUCCUUCUCCCUCGGUCUCAUCGUUCCCUUCGCCCGUCUGUGUCAAACCUGGCUGGUUCUGCAGUCCUGAUAUAGGCUUUGACUGCUGCGAUGGGACUCAUUGUCUUGUACUGCUUGAUAAUAUUGGCGGGGUGAUUAUCCCCAGUUUAUGCACCAUGUUGAUUGUGGCAACGCUAAUCGGUAUGCGUGUGGGGUAGGUUUGUGUACGAGGCAACGCGACUUCUGUAUCUGAUACUCCGGCCUGAAUUGUACGUUGCAGGGGUCUGUAUCGAGCGAAUAGCUCGAUGGUUACUAGUAUGUGAUUGUUGGUUGUGGACAGAUUCCAAAUGAGUCCAUCAUGCUUGGAAC